AUGAAGCACCAGAGCCGGGAUACUGUCAGGUUUCCCAAGCCUAGACAGAAUAAGACGAGAAGCACAGGUCGGGUUCGAACUAAGAACCUUCCGGUCGGUAAAUCCGCGGUCCAACCACUGAGGCAUGUCGCCCUCUUUGGGAAUACGAAAGCCGAUUACGAUCACUGUGAAAAUGAAGGUGCAGGAAAUGAACGGUUGCCAUGCCACCCAAAGGAUGCACGAGGGCUGGGAUACUGCCCAAGCCUAGACAAGGUUAGUCGGGAGACAGAGGUCGGGCUCGAACCAUGUACCUUCCGGUCAGUAAAUUCGCCCUCUAACCGCUAG